UCAUGUGAUGCCAACCUAUUUUAGUGAUAGUGAGGAUCAGAGGGGGGAUAGGGCCAUUCCUCUGGGGAUUGUUGUCCACUUCACAUCAUGUCUCUGUAUCGAAACAGCGUCUGGUUUUUGAAUGGGAUCCAACAGUACACAAGGAAGGGAUAUGUUGCUGCGUCAAAAGACUUUGAGGCUAAAGACCUGGAAGUGUCUGUUGUUGGGCGAUCUUAUAUGAUCACUGGAGCCAAUAGUGGUAUUGGCAAAGCAACCGCCAUGGCUAUUGCCAAGAAAGGGGGGACAGUCCACAUGGUGUGCAGGAACAAAGACAGGGCGGAAGAAGCCAAGUCACAGAUUGUUUUUGAGUCUGGGAACGCGGAGGUAUAUAUCCAUGUGGUUGACAUGGCUCAGACUCGGAAAGUGUUGGAAUUUGCUGAGACCUUCAAGAAAGAGCAUCCAUCACUGAAUGUCUUGAUAAACAAUGCAGGCUGUAUGACGCACAAGAGAGAGCUGAAUGCAGAGGGCUUGGAAAUGAACUUUGCCAUCAACACUAUGGCGGUGUACAUCCUCACUCAGGCUCUCAUACCACUUCUGCAAAAGAGCCGGGAUCCAAGAGUGAUCACUGUGUCCUCAGGGGGCAUGCUGGUCCAGAAACUCAGAACUGAUGAUUUGCAGUCAGAAAAAGGGUACUUUGAUGGUGUCAUGGUCUAUGCACAGAACAAGAGACAGCAGGUGGUGCUCACGGAGCACUGGGCUAAAACCAACCCUGUCAUUCAUUUUUCUGCCAUGCAUCCUGGCUGGGUUGAUACACCAGCCGUUUCUACAUCAAUGCCUCAGUUCCAUCAGAUGAUGGGGAACAGAUUACGCAGUGUGGACCAAGGUGCUGACACAGUGGUGUGGUUAGCCCUGUCCAGAGCUGCUGCUAGAAAACGCAGUGGGCAGUUUUUCCAAGAUCGUAAGCCUGUUCCAGUGCACCUCCCCCUGGCUUGGACUCACAGUUCUGAUGAAGAGAUCUGUAGCUUCAUAACUCAGCUGGAGACCCUGGCCAGAGCUGUUCGGUUACAUGGGGAAGGUCUGAGAGACCGUGUGGAUAUUUCCAUACCUCAGUUUGUCUAACUUCUGUUACACAAUUUGUCAUUGACAAAUGAAUAUAAGUAUAAUUGUCUAAGCUUGAAAGAUCAACAUCUGUUUUAAAUAGUUUACAAUUUCCAUUCAUUAAAAAAAAAGUGCAGUAAAAUAAUGCUUUUGUUUUUUCCCCUGAAAUAAAGUCAA